AACUGCUGUAAGGAAGUAAAAGAAGCAUUUUCUGAAACUGGGAACCCUUUUCACAGGAAGAUGGAGAAUCCACUUCUUUUAUUCCCCCAACUAAAUAUUUCUGCUUCGAAGGAUAAAUCCUAUUACAAAGUCAUGAAAUCAACAAUUAAAGAAGAGCCACAUAAAGCAAGCAAGCCUGGAGCUAAGCAGAAGAGAAACAGGCUGAGCCUUCUCCUGCAGAAACCUGAAUUCCAUGAAGGUGAUCAUCUUGCUAAACCUGAAAACUUGACAAAAGCACCAAGCGUGUCUCCUGAAGAAGCAGUGAAAUGGGGAGAGUCUUUUGACAGACUUCUUUCUGAGAAAGCUGGACUGGAUGCCUUUACAAAGUUUCUGAAAACUGAGUUCAGUGAGGAGAACAUUGAGUUCUGGAUAGCUUGUGAGGAUUACAAGAAGAGCAAGACUGCACAUGAACUUUUGCCAAAAGCUAAGACCAUUUAUGAAACAUUCAUACAGAAAGAUGCUCCAAAAGAGGUGAAUUUGGACUUUCAUACCAAAGAAGUCACAAGUCAGAAUAUUGGACAGCCCAUCAUUACCACCUUUGAUAGAGCACAAAACACGGUCUACAGGCUGAUGGAGCAAGACAGCUACCCACGCUUCCUGAGAUCCGAUCCGUAUUUAAAUUUGGUUAAGGGGAGAAAUCCCAAUCGUCCUACCCUUAGGAGACGGUCACGGUCUUUCACUGUAAAUGAUUUUAAAGGUGUACGACCAGACUUUACUGUUUGGUAACAGGGAAACUGAACCCUCAUAAAUUCUAGCUACUGCUGUAACUUGUAUGUAUUUUACAAUCCAAAUCCUUAGCAGGUGUAAAUGAGUGGAAAGCAAAGUUACGUGCACUUAUACCAGGUCAGAGUUCUGUAGCCACUGAUUAGUCUCAUUUAUUAUAG